AUGCCAAUUGACUACUCCAAGUGGGAUAAAAUAGAGAUCUCUGAUGACUCAGAUGUCGAAGUCCAUCCAAAUGUCGACAAAAACUCUUUCAUCAGAUGGAAGCAAAGAGACAUCCAUGAGAAAAGGAUGCAACGAAACAUCGAAAUCAAGUCAAUUCUACUCCAAUUAACAAUGUAUGCCAAAUUGAAUGAAAGAGUCGACUAUUUACUUAGCACAUUAACUCCUGAGCAACUAUUGGAAAACGGUUUAGUCAUGUCUACUUUGAAUUCAAAAUUUGAUCCCAAGGAGAAAUUUGAUUAUGAAAAGUUGAUUGCAUCCAAAGGUAACACUUUGAGAAAAGGGUUGCAAGAUUUAAAAUUUGACAAAGAAGAGACUGAGAACACGCCUCCUUAUAAUGAAAUGAUUGAAGAUUUGUUUAUCCAAGUAAAAGAUGAUCAUGCAGAUGCUAAAACCGAUGGAGAGAAAUUGGUUUGUUAUUUGAAGACGCACAGGGCUAAAAUUGAUGACGUUUUAAGUAAGCAAACUGUUAAAUUGGAUGAUUUGUUAAAUCAAAAGGCGCAACUUAUUGUUAGUGAUGAUCUUCAUACCGGGUUUGAUAGAUCGUUUUUGAAUAAGGAGAAAGAGAAAGAGGAAGAGGAAGAGGAGAAGGUGGAGAAAGAGAAAAAGAAGGUAACAGAGAAAGCGAAAGGAAAAGAGUCAACUGCCCCCCAGCCAUCAACUACAACUUCCACGCCUCCUCCAAAAGGAACCACCAGUUCACCAGUAGUCACCCAAUCUGAUGCAGAAGAGAUCGAAAAAUCGUUGUUGGAUGCUAUUAAUCUCUUGCCUGAGACAGAUAAGUUUGGUACUAUAGAUCCAAAAAAUCUCUCGGAAUCAGCUGACUACUUGAUCAAGCACACCAAAAUAUGUACCGAAGAACAGAAGGAUGCUCUAAUCAUGUUGGCAUUUGAUGCGCAACUAGAAGGCGACACUACAACAGCCAAACAAAUCGUGCACCAGUCGUUGCUUUUACAGUAUGUCGCACAAAUCAAGGGAAAUAGUACUUCGCGAGACGAUACAAUUCGGGCAAUAAAGAUGUUGUUUACAAAGUUUCAAAAUGAUGAUAAGGUGAAGGCCUUUUUCAAUGAAGAGUUUACCAAUACAGUCAAUCACAUUGCGCAAAGAUGUGAAAUAAUCAAACAAGAACAGGCAAAUAAUGCUAAUGAUGAGGAAGCCUUGAUUCAGUUACGAGCAUUAGAUGAAAACACUACAUUGACUGUCAAUAUUCCCGAAGAAGGAACUAAGGAGUAUGAAGUGUUCAGCUCGAAACUACCAUUUGAAUUUCAAAACGCUAUCAAGACGCAAAGCUUGGACGAAGUGAACAAGGAAUUUGCCAAGUUGAAGGUCGAAGAUGCGGAAAAGAUUUUGGAAAUAUUCAACGAAUGUGGAGUUAUUGGAAUCAAUGGGUACAUAGAAGAUGAAAAGGAAUUUGAACAAUUGAAAAAAGAAUUCAAUGAGCAGGAAAAUGAAGAUGAGAAACAGGUAGAUAGCACCGAUAUUGUUGACUAG